AUCAACUAUACAACACACUUUAACAUUAUUAUCUUAUAUCCUCCUGAUCUGCUCCAUGACAUGACACUGUUGCUUCAAUUGAAUCUUGUUUUGCCGUUGAAUUUCAGUUUUUUCCAUGGCUUUUCUUCUUUCCAAAACCCUAAUUAUUACCCACUUCCUUUGACCUCCCUCCCUCCCUCCCUCCUUAAAUACAAUUACUCAACCGCUUUUCGUAUGUAUCACUUCAUCUCAUCAUCAUGAAUCCAAUUCAAAGUCUUCCUUCUUCUCCUGAAGACGACUCUGGCUCCAUGACCACCGCUCCACAGAGUGCAGGGCAAAGCCAGAUAAGUGCAGAUAGUGGUAACUUAAUGUCAAUGGAACCGGCUUUUGGGGAUUCGCGCCAUUGGCAAGACGUGUUCUGGCUAGGAAUUUUUCUUUUACAUUUGAUUUUAGUAGGUCUUGCACUCGGGGUACUCGGGAUUAACAGAUUUAGAAAGAAAGAUAGGCUUAACAUAGAUCAAUACACAAACAGAUUCAUCGGAAACCAAGCUGAUUUAACCGAAGACUACUGGCCACUAUACGCUAUUGCCGCUGCGGUCGGGACCGUUCUUGGGUGGGCUUGGUUAUUGUUACUCGGUUCACGCGCCAAUCAAAUGAUGAAGAUAUCGGUUCACAUAUUAACUACUUAUCUUGCGGUUCUUAGCGUUUUUUGCUUUUGGGACAAACUGGUUUUCUGGGGCAUUGCUUUUGCUAUUGGUUCCGGUUUGCAGUUUUUAUACAUCAUAUCGGUCAUAGACAGACUUCCGUUUACCAUGUUGGUGCUGCAACGGGCUGUAAUGAUGGUAUGGAAGCUUCCAGACGUUAUGAGAAUAGCAUGCGUAUUCAUGGUAGUCAUGUGUCUAUGGCUAGCACUAUGGUCGUUCGGUGCAGCCGGUGUAGUGGCUUCAAGUAUCGGUGACGGUGGAAGAUGGUGGCUUCUUGUGGUUUUCUCAGUGAGUUUGUUUUGGACAGGUGCGGUUCUUUGUAAUACCGUUCAUGUUAUAGUAUCCGGUAUGGUGUUUCUUGUGCUUAUUCAUGGCGGUCCAGAGGCGGCAUCAAUGCCACGGGACCCACUGAUUCAGUCUUUACGGUAUGCUGUAACUACUUCUUUUGGAAGCAUUUGUUACGGCUCACUUUUCACUGCUGCUAUUAGAACACUACGGUGGGAGAUUAGAGGAUUCAGGUCAAAGAUUGGCAACAAUGAAUGUCUUUUGUGCUGCGUGGAUUUCGUGUUUCAUCUAGUCGAAACGCUAGUUCGUUUCUUCAACAAGUACGCGUAUGUGCAGAUUGCGAUUUACGGGAAAAGUUUUAAUCACUCGGCUAGAGACGCAUGGGAACUAUUUCAAUCAACUGGCGUUGAAGCGCUUAUCGGAUAUGAUUGUUCCGGUGCUGUUUUACUGAUGGGAACACUCUUAGGUGGACUUAUUACCGGAACUUGUGCGGUAAUUUUGACCAGGAUUAAACAUUCUGACCGUGUGAUCAUGAUGGGGUCCACAUCGGUUUUGAUGGGCAUGAUCUUGGUUGGAUUAGCAAUGGUAGUGGUUGAAAGUGCUGUUACGUCAAUAUACAUAUGUUACGCAGAAGAUCCGUUGUUGAUACAUAGGUGGGACCCGGAAUUUUUUAACCAGAUGUCAGAGACGUUACAUGAACGUCUCCAGCACAGAAGCUCUCGAGGAACGCAAGUCUUGAACCGAAACCGGCCUGUUGACCACAUACAAGAAACAACUUCUGUAUGAUCCUUAGCUCUUUUUUUCUAACUUUUCUGCAGAUUUGAGGUUGGUUUUGUGUCAGUUAGUGAAUAAUUUUAGUUUUUGUUGUUUACCCUGAUAUUUUUGUUUCGAUUUAUAAAAAAAUUGUAAUUUAUCCUGUUCUUUUUUUCCUUUUAGGUCUGGUUUUGUAUAUUUUUAAUCAAACAUAUGUUUUGAUAAUUUGAUGUGUAAUUGUGUAUAUUUCUUUUCAA